AUGGCAAGUCAAUUAAAGUCAAGAGGAGGUGCCUUGCAUGCACCAGGCGCAAGUGGAAAUGAUGUUACCAUUGCCAACCCAGAUGAGUUCCAUGCUGCCGUUCAGGCACUGCACACAACUGGUAACCCAAUCAACUGGAUAUUGGUCACCUACAACGGAUCACCCAACCACAUCAAGCUGGAGGCCAGUGGUCGCAAUGGCAUCCACGAGCUCACUCACCACCUCACCGACGAUCUCAUGGCCUACGCCCUGCUGCGCGUCGUGGACAUUGUCGACGGCUUCCCCACCGACAGAUACGUCUACAUCACCUGGAUCGGCGACAAUGUUAAGGGAAUGGACAAGGCCAGAUACGGCACCAACAAGACCGUCAUCACCAAGCUGUUGGGUCACUACAACGUCGAGAUAAUCGCCUCGUCCAAGGCCGAGAUCAGCGAACAGGAGAUCGUCAACAAGGUGUCUGACGCCAGUGGCAGUCGCAACAGAACUGGCGACACAGUGCCCAAGCACGUGCCCGCCCCCACCCUCACCUCGGCCGGCUCAGCCAACGCAUAUGGCAGUCGUUCGGCCCAGGUCAAGCUGCCCACUGUCAACACCACCUCUGUUGGCCUGUCAUUCAUCGAUGAAGCUGGUCUGCGCCAGCUGGUGCAGGAGGUCAAGUCACCACAGUCAUCAGUCAACUGGAUGCUUAUUGGAUACGAGAACAAGGAGCAGAAUCUCAGUUUGAUUGGCAAGGGCAAUGGAGGACUGCGUGAGUUGGUAUCACAUCUCAGCUCAAGCAAGGUCAGCUAUGGUAUUGUAAAGGUGUCGGACAAGAUUGACAACAGUGUCACCACCAAAGUGGCCCAGAUCAACUGGGUCGGUGUCAACGUCUCGCCAAUGAUCAAAGGAAAGAUCACAUCACACAAGGGUACCAUUGAUGAGUUCUUUGCCCCUGUACAUGUUGUAUUAUACGGUGAGGUUACUGAUGAGUUGACUGAGGAUCGUCUUCUAGCAAAGGUCCAAGCAUUGAAGGGUAGCACUACCACUCUCUAA